CGGAGGCAUAUCUAGAAUGGGAGACUAAACUUGAACAAAUUUUUAAUUGUCACAAUUAUUCUAACCUUGAAAAAGUGCAGGUUGCUUCUAUUGAGUUCAAGGAGUAUGCUUUAGUUUGGUGGGAUCAAUUGACCAAAGAUAGAAGGAGGUAUGCAGAACGACCAAUUGAUACUUGGGAAGAGAUGAAAAGAAUCAUGAGGAGAAGGUUUGUUCCUUCCUAUUAUCAUAGGGAAUUGCACAACAAAUUGCAAAGGCUCACUCAAGGUUCUAAAAGUGUUGAAGAAUAUUUCAAGGAGAUGGAAGUUCUCAAAAUUAGAGCUAAUGUAGAGGAGGACGAUGAAGCAACUAUGGCUAGGUUUCUCCAUGGUCUAAAUCAUGACAUUAGUGACAUAGUGGAACUUCAUCACUAUGUUGAAAUGGAUGAAUUGGUACACCAAGCUAUCAAAGUGGAACAACAACUCAAAAGAAAGAGCCAAGCAAGGAGAAAUUCCACCACUUUCAAUUCUCAAAGUUGGAAGGACAAAACAAAGAAGGAAGGUGCUUCAUCAUCUAAGGAAGCCACGGUUGAAAACAAAGGUAAAACUAUUACAUCUUCUUCUUCAAGUGUUUCAACUAACAAAAGUGUUAAGUGUUUCAAGUGUCAAGGCCAAGGACAUAUUGCAUCUCAAUGUCCAACAAAGAGAACUAUGCUUAUGGAAGAAAAUGAAGAAAUUGUUGAAGAGGAGGAUGGUGAUUAUGAUGAGGAGUUUGAAGAAGAAAUACCUAGUGGAGAUUUACUCAUGGUGAGAAGAAUGUUGGGAAGCCAAAUAAAGGAGGAGGAUACAAGUCAAAGAGAAAACCUUUUUCAUACAAGAUGCUUUGUGCAAGGAAAGGUUUGUUCUUUAAUAAUUGAUGGAGGAAGUUGUACAAAUGUUGCAAGCACGCGUCUGGUUUCUAAACUAAAAUUGGAAACAAAACCUCACCCUAAGCCUUACAAACUCCAAUGGCUUAAUGAAAGUGUAGAAAUGCUUGUUAAUAAACAAGUUGAGAUUUGUUUUAAAAUUGGAAAAUAUGAGGAUGUAGUGUUGUGUGAUGUAGUACCAAUGGAAGCUAGUCAUUUGUUAUUAGGAAGGCCUUGGCAAUUUGAUAGAAAAGCCAAUCAUGAUGGAUACUCCAAUAAGUACUCUUUUAUGUAUCAUGAUCAAAAGAUCAAUCUUGUACCGUUAAAUCCUAGUGAGGAAUUUAAAGAAUUGUUUCCGGAAGAGGUGCUAAGUGGUUUACCACCUAUAAGAGGAAUUGAACAUCAUAUUGAUCUCAAUCCAGGAGCAUCUUUGCCUAAUAGGCCAGCAUAUAGAAGCAAUCCACAACAAACUCAAGAGAUACAAAGGCAAGUUGCUGAAUUGAUAAGUAAAGGAUGGGUAAGAGAAAGUUUAAGUCCUUAUGCUGUCCCUAUUAUUCUAGUCCCUAAAAAGGAUGGUAGUUGGAGGAUGUGCACUGAUUGUAGGGCCAUUAACAAUAUUACCAUUAAAUAUAGGCAUCCUAUUCCUAGACUAGAUGAUUUGCUUGAUGAAUUCAAGAACUUAGAUGAUUAUUGCAUUCAUUUAAAGGCUGUUUUGCAAGUGCUAAGAUAUGAAAAUUUGUAUGCCAACCUAGAAAAAUGUGUCUUUUGCACCGAUCAUGUGAUUUUCUUAGGUUUCAUUGUAAGCUCUAAAGGAGUCCACGUUGAUGAGGAAAAGGUGAAAGCCAUUCGAGAGUGGCCUCCUCCCAAAAAUGUAAGUGAGGUAAGAAGCUUUCAUGGUUUGGCUAGUUUUUAUAGGAGGUUUGUGAAGGACUUUAGUACCUUGGCAGCACCCCUCAAUGAAAUUGUUAAAAAGGAUGUUGGUUUUAAAUGGGGUGAAAAACAAGAGCAAGCCUUUGCUGCCCUAAAGGAAAAGCUCACCCAAGCACCAGUUCUUGCAUUGCCUAAUUUUUCUAAAUCUUUUGAAAUUGAAUGCGAUGCAUCUAAUGUGGGAAUUGGAGCUGUUUUGUUGCAGGAAGGUCAUCCACUUGCUUAUUUUAGUGAAAAGCUAAAAGGGGCUGCCCUUAAUUAUUCUACAUAG